AUGAUUCCUUCUAAUGCAAAUCAAUUACGAGAUUUGCUUAGAGCUUAUGUUUUGGAGCAUGAAGGUGCGGUGCUUGGACCUGAGAUCGUUCAACAGUCUGUUGAGAAGAUUAAGAUGAUUCAAGAGAAGAUGAAAGCAUCGCACAAUAUAAAGAAGAGUUAUCACGAUAACCUAACAAAAAUUCUUGAGUUUCAAAAGGAUAAUCAUGUGUUAUUGAGAGUCACUCUGGUGACUGAUGUUGGACGUGCAUUGAAGUCUAAAAAACUCACGUCUUGUUUCAUCGGUCCUUAUCAGAUUCUAAAAAGAGUAGGAGAAGUGGCCUACAAAGUUGCUUUACUACUGUCUCUUUCGAAUCUUCACUAUGUGUUUCAUGUGUCUCAACUUCAGAAGUGUGUUGCAAAUUUGUCUCAUGUGAUUCAAAUGAAUGAUGUGCAAGUGAUAGAUAACUUGACUGUGGAAGCAUCGCCAUUGCAAAUUGAUGAUCGAGAGGUGAAACACUCGAGAGAAAAAGAGAUUGUGCUGGUGAAGGUAGUGUGGAGAAGACCUGCCUGA